GGAACUGUGUCUUCCUCACGCACUCACACUCCCAUUCACCGCAAUAGCACAACACCACUCCUCCUUCUUCCUCACACUCUCUCUCUCUCUUUCCACCUGAUAUUUUAAUCUCAAUUCAAACCUUCUUAUUUUCAAAUUAAAAUCCAGAAACUCUAAAAACAAUAUGGAGAUAAAAUCAUCUCGUUACCUCACCACUUCAUUCAAUCCACCUACUCCUAAACAAGAAGAAGAAGAAUUAGAAUUCGACGAAAGCGACGUCGUUUGGUCUUCACCUGAAAAAACAACCACCGCAAUCACCGCCGGAAUUCCCGUUAUUUCUGUUACAUCCACCUCCGCAGCCGGACUUUCCGCCGCCUUACUCUCCACCGGAGAACCUCAAAGUCCGACUUCAAUCCAGCGUAAAACGACGUCGUCUCCUGUUUCGAUGAUUUCGUCGUCGUUGAAGCGUGGUGAUGGGCCUGGGUUAACGGGCUAUUAUUAUGGGAGGAAGGUCCAUCAGUCAGCUCCUGUGAAUGUUCCUGUUUGGCCCACUGGGCUUGGUAGAAGUAGACGGGCUUUUGGGCUGGCCCAGUUUGAUGAAGUGGAUGAUUUUAUAGAAGACUAUGAUGAUGAUGAUGGGGAGAUGGUUCCGCCACAUGAGAUUGUAGCUCAGUCGUGUAAGACGACGUCGUUUUCUGUAGUUGAAGGUGCUGGAAGAACGCUUAAGGGUAGGGAUUUGACUACUGUCAGAAAUGCUGUUUUUCAUAAAACUGGCUUUCUUAAAUGAGUUAAGGUAGUGUUUGGAAAUUUGUAUUUCAUUUCAAAUAAUGGAAUUGAAAUCUGGAAUUUAAAGCUUGUAUUUCAAUUCCUAAUCACUAUUUUAAGGGAGUUUGAAUUUUGAUAGAGGAGAGAGAAAUAGAGAUUUAAUGGAGGAGAGAGAAAAAGUGUGGGUUUACUAAAGGAGAGAGAAAUAAAUAUUAGAAAGUGUGGGUUUAUCCAUGGAGUUGGGAUAUGUAUAAGGAGAGAAUUUCAAAUGACAAGGUAAUAGCUUGAAUUUUAAAUUCUACUAAUAUAGGCUUUUGAUAAGAAUUUGGACAAAUUCCAUAAUUUCAAAUUCCAUGCCAUCCAAACAAUAGAUUUCAUCCAAAUCCAGGAUUUGAAAUGAAAUCUUGCUAUCUAAACAUAGCAUAAUUGAAUUUGUAUUUGCUGGUUAAAUUAUUCAUAUUUUUAGCUAGAAUUAGUACUAUUUUCUUUGUAACAAAAUAGAUUUUACACGUAGGAAAUUGCACUAUACCUAUUAUAUUUGACCAUCUAUUUUUUUAGUUUUAGACAAAAUCAACCACCACUAUAUGAUAUAUUGUUGGAGACAAAAUCAACUGUUACUAUAUGAUAGAAGGUUACGAGAAUUGGUCUUGAUGUAUAAAUCAUAAUAUUAACUUAUUAUAAUUUUUAUUAAUAUACAGUUAAAGUUAUUAA